GUGGAGCCACACCAAAAAAAGAAGAGAGAGACACGGAUGGAGGAAACGUGACAGCAGCAGAAAAAAGAGAGAGAGAGAGAAAGAGCGCACGGGACAGCAGAGGAAAAGGAGGAGGGAGGAAAAAACAGAGAGAGAUAAGAGAGAGAGAGACUCACACAAGGACUUCUAGGAGUGGAAGGAGCCUCCCAGGAGAGGAAAGAAGGACACACACAGAGAGAGGACAGCUCCUCCAUCCUUUGCAUUCCUCCAUCCAGGCGGCGUCAUGUCCGAAGGGGUCGAUUCCCAGCCGGUGGCCCUUGGGGCGUCCCGGGUGGAGCUCCGGGUCUCCUGCUGGAGCCUCCCGCAGCGUGGAAGCACCAUCAAGCCGGAUCCCUGCCUGGUGCUCCAGCUGCUCAGCGGCGAACAGUGGAAUGAGGUGGGUCGCUCUGAGGUCCUCCACAGGUCCCAGAACCCCGUCUUCGCUCAUGUCUUCGCCCUGGACUAUUUCUUCGAAGAGAUGCAGACCUUGCGGUUCGAAGUCUUCGAUGCCGACGGAGAGGAUGCUGAGAACGUGGGACUCGAAGAAGGUGGCCUUCUUGGGACGGUUGAAUGUACCUUGGGCCAGAUUGUCUCCCAGACCAAGGUCACCAAACCGCUGGUGCUGCCAAACGGAGAGGAGGCAGAGAACUCAACAAUCUCGAUUGAGGCCGAGGAGGUGUCCAGGACAAACGAAUUUGUGCAGCUACAGUUUCACGGGGAAGAGCUGGAUGACAAGGAUUUCUUCAGCAAAUCUGACCCUUUCCUGGAAAUCUAUAAGGUCAACGCCAAUGAGAAGGAGCAUCUGGUUUGGAGGACAGAGGUAGUGAAGAACAACCUGAGUCCCCGGUGGGAAUCUUUCCGCGUCUCCUUGCAGUCCUUGUGCAGCUGCGACCCCGACAAAACCAUCCGGUGUAUUGUUUACGAUCACGACUCGAGCGGAAAGCACGACUAUAUCGGGGAGUUCAGCACCAACUUCCAGGAGAUGCUGCGAGCUUCUGAAGGAGACGAGUUGAAAUGGGAGUGCAUCAAUCAUAAAUACCAAGAGAAAAAGAAGCACUACAAGAACUCCGGGUACAUCGUUCUCACUCAGUGCAAGAUGGAGAAAGUCCAUACUUUCUUGGAUUACAUUAUGGGUGGCUUACAGAUCUCCUUUACAGUGGCUAUUGAUUUCACUGCCUCCAAUGGGGACCCUCGGAGCGAACACUCCCUUCACUUCAUCAACCCCAAAGAACCCAACGAAUACCUGAAAGCGUUGUCUUCGGUGGGAGAGAUCUGCCAAGACUAUGACAGUGACAAGCGGUUCCCCGCUUUUGGCUUUGGAGCACGGAUCCCUCCAGACUUCGAGGUGUCUCACGAUUUUGCCAUCAAUUUCGAACCAGAGAACGCCGAAUGUGAAAGGAUCGUUGGCGUGAUUGAAGCCUACAAGCGUUGCCUGCCCCAAAUCCAGCUCUACGGUCCGACCAACGUUGCGCCCAUCAUUAACAAAGUGGCAGCCCCAGCAGCAGAGGAAGAGAAAACAGGGAUGCCCACGAAAUACCGCGUCCUGUUGAUCCUGACCGACGGUGUGGUGAGCGAUAUGCCCGAGGCGUGUGAUGCCGUGGUCCGGGCUUCCCACCUGCCCCUGUCCAUCAUCAUCGUGGGCAUCGGGAACGCCGACUUCUCCGACAUGCGGGAGCUCAACGGAGAUCGUGGGAUGCUGGAGUCGGACGAAGGCAGGGCUGUCCGCGACAUCGUCCAGUUUGUGCCAGUCCGGGAAUUCAAGAAGUCGCCCCCCAAUGCUCUCGCCAAAUACGUCCUGGCGGAGGUCCCCAAACAAGUGGUGGAAUACUAUGCGAGCAAAGGCAUCGCCCCAGUGACGCAGAGGUCUUCCUCCCCGCAGCCCCAGUGAGACUCAUGCACCCUUCCCCAUGGGCAUGGUUUGUCCAGCACCUUAAUGUGCCUGUUUCUCUUUCCCCACACCUCCGUCUUCCAGCUCUAUAGUCCCUUAGGACCCCCUCCUCGGCCUCUUCUGGUGGGGAAAAGAGAGAAAGAGAGGGAAAAAAUACAAUUAAGGAGAGAGCACUUCGUCUCUGGCCUCCGGGCCUCCACCCUGCGACUCAGGACGGCAGCUGGGACUGCACUCCAUCCAGAUGUUCCCAGCUGUUCCCCAUCUCCCCAUCCCCAGCCCUCACGGACCCUCGCCCCAAAUUGCCUGCAUCGGUGACUUCCAUCUCCUUUAAUAAACCAGCUCUCUUGAACACCC